UAGCAAUGUCAAUCCCGAAGAAAAACUCUUCUAUUGUUUGGAAGCACUUUCGAAGGGACCCAAAUACUCCUGAUGAGGCCACUUGUUCGAUUUGUAAUAACAAGUACAAAAGAUCUAACGGCACAACCAACUUAUUAGACCAUUUGAAACGUAAACAUUUUACUGUAUUAUGCCGUGAUGAGUUACAACACACUGAGACUGAACAUAUUGAAGAAGAUAGAAAUCAACCUGGAACAUCAGGGGAACGACAAUCUACAGGUGUUUUCUCUCCUUGUAAUAAUCCAGUUAUGGCAGUAACCAGUGUUGUUGAACCAGUAUUAAAGAGGCAAAAACAACUUUUAUUGUCUAAUAGUUUACAGGUUUAUUCAUUAUCCAACUGGUUUGGAAUGCAAUUAUUUAUUAAGAGGACUUCACAGUCAAAACACACAAUUUUAAAACUGACUUUGUCUGCUACUGACUUUGUCUGCUAUAUAAGUAACAUGUUGAAAAAACUUAAAAUUCAAUAGUUUGGCUUAUCAGCAGCAUAAGUGUGAAGUAUUUCAAAAUAAAAAGAAGUGACUGUAUAAAUACU